AUGGAGUGGUUCAAUCUUAACGUUUUGGUGGUAAUUUUUACUCUACUGAUUAGCAAUGCUGCGGGUCUGGAAUCCGAAAGAAUCAUUGGUGGUCACUUGGCCAAAAAACACCAAUUCAAGUACUUUGUCUCCAUACAGUUGAGACAAUUCCAUCAUUGCGGCGGUGCACUCAUAGCACCCAAUAUCGUUUUAACAGCAGNAAUUCAAUUGGAAAAAGAUUUCGACGUAAGUGGUCGUUUACCCAUUGGUUUGGCGUCUCUACCACUGGAAAACGAAGAUUUUAUCGGCAAAACUGCAGUGACGAUGGGUUUUGGCUGGGAUAAAGUUAGGGAAGUGUACAGUCCUGCUCUCAAAGAUACUCUUGAGUUUGGCGAAUCCUCAGGAAAAUUGAAAUAUGAGUUCGUGGAUGUAGUAAAGACCAAGCAAUGCGACUAUGAUCAAAAAAUUAUAUGUGGCCAAAUGAAGCAAAAAUCAUCCAUGGCACCUCAAGGCGUUUGUUCGGGUGACAGCGGUGGUCCUCUAGUAUACAACAAUAAAGUCAUUGGAAUUGUGAGCCGUAGUCCAAGAGGAUGCGAUGAAUCAUUUAAGCCGGCUUCGUACACGAAAAUUGCUAAGUACUUGGACUUCAUUAAAAAUGCCAUGAUGGACUAG